GUCCCUCAUGUUCUAAAACAAACACCCUCGAUCUCACCCGGGCCWGAUAAUGGCCUUACCUGGGGUGGGCUKGGCACGAAGAGGAUGCGUGAGGGGGAGGGAGGAGGMGGUCGCACAAGGAGGAGGAGGAGGUCGCGCGAGGAGGAGGAGGGGUCGCACGAGGGGUAGGAGGAGCUCGGAAGAGGGGGAGGAGGAGGUGGCACGGAGGUCGCACGAGGAGGGGGGUAGGAGGAGCUCGGAAGCGGGGAAGGAGGAGGUCGCACGGAGGUCGCGCAAUGGGGAGGAGGAGGUCGGAAGAGGAUGUGCGCAGGGGAAAGUGCAGCUCGUGCAAGGAAGAGCAGGAGGUCGCGUGGAGGUCAUGUGGAGGUCGGAAGAGAUGGGAGGAGGUGGCGCGAGCGGGAUGAGGAGGUCAGAAAAGGACACCUCUAGUUGUUUGCCAGCUAUGGAUGAAGACGAACGGAUUCCUUCCUGGGGCUACGAUUCCCCGGCUUUUGCUGCUCGCCAGAUGCCAUACAGCCUGUCGCUUGACCCAGACUCUGCUCGAGAGCUCGCAAUUCAGGGUGCGACAUUGUUGCUGCUGAACGUACCAUGCGGGACAUCGGUCGGUCUGGACUCUGAGAUGUUUGUCACUGGGCCCAACUUUGCUGGGUUUAAGAUGAUCCCUCCAGGCACCCACUUUCUUUACUACUGUGCUGCAAGCAGGCAUGGUGUCGACUCCUCACCAGUCGUCGGUGUCUUUCUUCGUCUCUCCGCAUCAGAGGUUGCAGUUCGGCGAUGGGAACCUGCUGAAGAGCGACUGGUAAGGAUUGCAGAUAGCUGUGAGGGAGAAAAAGACGACGGCGAUGAAGAAGAAGAAAGGAGGUACAUCGAGGGAGUGCGGCGCUUCGAGUUUGAUUCCCGCCUAGCGCCUUACUAUCUGAGCCGCUGGCGGGACUGGAAAGAAAUCGCUGGAUGUAUCUCAACGGCUGUGAUCGAGCGUCAUCAACCACCAAGAGGGGAGAUAUGCCUCGCUUUCGAGGCAGAUUUGGCGGCUGGUUUGCGUUCUCCUUCGACAACUGCUGAAAGGUACCUGGAACAGCAGUUGCUGCACCAGCGUAACCGAGUAGUUCAUCUUCCAAGUGCCAGUCGCCAUGAGCGGUCAUCAGCUGCUGCUGCUGGUCAUCCACCUGCCACCCAGAGGGUAGCAGGAGUGGGAGUGCAGCAUAUUCAUGAGAGCAAAGAGGGACUUAGAGGAGGAGUAGAAGUAGGAGGAGGAGGAGGAGGAGGAGGAAGUGGACCUGGACCUGGAUCUCUCGCGGAGUCGUCCACGUCCCAAACAACAGCAGCCAAAACCCAUCGAGGCACGGAUGUGAAAGGACCACGAGCCACGUACACAGCCUUCCCGCGAUUCGUGAAGGGAGAAGGCGGUAUAAGUGCUGCGGAUGUUACUGCAAUGAAUAUGGACAAAAGCCGGAUUCUACAUAAGGUUCUUGUUGAUGCUUACGCAAAUGAUGAGGACCUCCUGAUUGGCGAAUUCCAGUUUGCGUUUGUGGCCUUUUUGAUGGGUCAAUCGUUGGAUGCAUUUCGCCAGUGGAAGGGGAUCAUCCAUUUGAUGACCGGAUGCGUGGACGCUCCUAUUCACACGCGCACUCGCCUCUUCACCAAGUUCGUCCGAGUUCUGCACACCCAACUUCGUCAAGGCCUGCAUGCUUCUCCCCCUAAGGGACCACAGAACGAAUCUUCUCACCAUCAUGUGAGAAUGGACGAGUUCUGGUUGUCGGACGAUAACUUUCUCCGGCUGUCGUUGAAGUACUUUUUCGGAGCAAUUGAAGAAGCGCAAGUCGUUGAUGGAACCCUGUUGGAUGAAGCCAAAAAACUCCGUCGUUUUCUGGGGACAACGCUGGGAUGGUAUUUCGACCAAGACUCCCUGGAGGGGCUGAUGGAAGACGAUGAGUUUGCGCCUGUUGUCGUGUCCGUGGAUGUGACGUAAACACACUCACAUGGGGAUGGGAAGUGGAGCUGACGAGGGCAAUAUGGCGAAAUGGAUCCCUUGUUCCCCCCCCCCCCCCCCUCCUCCCCCUCCCCUUAAAGGGUGACGACCUUGAGGUAUCAUCAGCCGACUGAAUGGCACAGGUAUUCUCUGACUUCUGUCACUCAUUUGCUUCCAUCAAGGAUUCGAACGCAUGUCUCUUUGGCCACGGUUCAUGGGUGUACCUUUCAGCCACAUGGGCUGGGUAUGUCGAAAACAGUUUCCGAAAUGCCGGGGCUCAUGGGUUCAUUCUUUUCAGCACAGGUGAGUUAUGGAUGCUGGCUGGUCUUCUGUGAUCCCCCUUCUUCCUUCCUGUUAGCCUGCAACUCAUGUGCCAUUUAUCUGUCGUGGCAAUUGUUGUGCUGACUGAGAAUGGUUAAUGCUGAGAAUAG